AAUUUGGGGGCCAAUGCCCAACUUGCAGAUAAGGAAACUUCGAUGCAAGAUAAAUCUUUUCGAAAAAUUGAACUGACGACGAUUGAGGGGUCUAGUUCCUUGGUGGAAAAAGUCAUAAAAACCAUGCUUAACGUGGAUAAUCACUCGGUGGUGGCUUUUGUCGAAAAUCAAAAUCCUAACUUACCGGUGGAUGUGACGAUGGUUAGUGACCAUUUGGCGAUGCCUUUAGGUCUUGAUUCUAGGAAGUUGGUUCAUGUGUAGGGGGCCCAAGCGUAUUGAAAAGCUUUUUAAUAUUUUAAAAGGUAAAAGUGUUAAAUUUAAGAAUAAGGGGUCUGUGCGAUUGCCUAUUUCGAAAGCAAUGAGUUGUAUCGCUGAUGGCAUUGGAAAGGCGAUUUCUCUCUCGGCUAUUGAUUUAGGGGAUGAAAGCAUGUUGGCAGCUGAAGAGGAUAUAGCCAUUGUUUGAGGGAGAGAAGAAGAGAUGAAACAUGGAAAAAGACACAGAGCUGAGAUCGCAAGAAGCUUACCUCAAUGGGAACGCAAGUUUUUGUGUUACAAGGCAUUAAAGAAGAAACUGAAACUGAGACAAGACAUGGGCUUCAGACACUCAUUAGGCAGGGAACUCGAUAAGGUCAAUGACUUUUUCAUUGACAAAGAGGAAGAUUAUAUCAUCCUCUUCAGGGAGCUUGAAAGCAAGGCUGAAAACAUAAAUGGCCAUGAAGAAAUAUUGGAAUUGCUCAAGGAAAUUUUGGCUUUUCAUUCAGAGAUGGUGAUGCUACUCCAUUACAGCGUCAUUAACUUUGCAGGGUUGAUGAAGAUUGUGAAGAAGCACAAGAAACGAGCAGGUGGACGUGUUUGCGCAUCCUACAUGCCCAGGGUUCUGCAACAGCCAUUCUUCUCUACCGAGUUGCUUUACAAUCUCAUUAGGGGGUGUGAAGCUAUACUUGAGCGCCUCUCUCCCCCACAAUGAUCCUUAAUAAAGACCCAUUUUUCUGUAAACUUGGUUUAGCUUUUGAUGGCAUGACAAGUAUUUUACCAGCUAUAGCAAAGGCAUGGCUUAACACGGUUACGGAGCGGAAAGGAAAAUGAUGCUCAUUGCGCUACACAUUGUAUGUUGAUGUUGUUAUUAUAAAUGAUUGAAUAUUCUCCUCUAUCUUUUCUUUUUCUUCAAUUACAAUGCCCAAAUAGAGGUAAUUUUGAGUA